GCCGCUGAACACGAAAGGAAUCCCCCCAUCGUUUCUAUAUCCUUCAAUAGAAGCCCUCCGUCGUUCUACAAUCAAACACAAACGACCCCCCCUAAUCGUCUUCUUCAACUCUUCUUCUCACCGGUCAGUGGCGAACUUGCCAGAAAACACAUCUACCUCCAUCGCCACUGCUCUUUCUUCUUCAUCCAUCACAGUUACAACAGCCACGAAACCUGCUUUAAUCCUCCGUGAAACAGUCCGGAAAGCAACCACUCAAACAAAAGAUAAAAGGAAAAAGAACAAAUCGAGAGAAAAUAGCAGUGAUGAUAUUCAGUCAAAAAAUAGAACCAUGAAACCCCAAUAUGAAUCAAUUCUAGAUUUCGCGUCUUCAAUGCUCAGAAACCAGCCGUUUAAGUCUAUCUUUCUUUUUCAUGUUUGAGCUUUCCGUCAAGCUUUAGGGUCGUCGAUGGUCUUUGUCUAGGGAGGCUUUGUUUUAGUUGUGCGUUGAUGUGACAUUUGGUUGGUUUCCGGUUGAAUUCCGUACGGGGUUCUAACGUUUGGAGGUGUACAGGGAUAGAUCUAAAGACUUGGGCACACAGUUGUUUGCAGACCAUUUUCAUGGUAGAAAGAUGCCGAACUGGAUAAGAAAUCACUCAAGGAUCGAGUCUUUUUAAUUCACUACCGAGGCCAAAACUUGGCUCUCCAUUAUCUGUGCUCGAGUCAUGCCUUCACGAAAUGAGACCGGGGUGACACUAGAGAAGGCAAGGGUGAUUUGCACAAUCAUAAAGGGCAUACCGGUAAAUGUGGGACAACUUAUUGUUGAUGAGAUAAAAGAGGUUGUUGUAGAGAGGACUAAGAGUUUAUUCUUCCUAUACUUGAUCACUCACUUAUGUUAUGAGGCCGAGGUGGAGAAGAGGCUUACAAAGAAGGAAAAGAACCCAGAGAAGCUCAUCCACCCACUGUUUAGAAAGGGAGCAGGGAAUGCACAGAAGAAAAGAAAGAUUGAUGCAGCAUCUCCCUCAUUUGGCCAGUGUCCUGACACCAUCAUUGAGAUACCCGAUUCUGCCACAGGGCCUUGUACUGCCAUUAUACUACUUGAUCAGGGACCUCUCACACUCAGGUAUAUCUCUUGCCAGGUUUAUGGCAUGGAGACACAGGUCCGCCAGUUUGUAGCUGGUCUCCCUUCUAGACCAUCUGGAGAGGGCACAUCUACAGGUCCAGUUGGCCAAGGAAAGGUUCCAACUUUGUCAGAUCUUGCUAAGGAGCAGCAAGCCAUUAAAGCCAAAUUGGGUAAGAUUGAGCAAAGGCAGAUGAAGCAAAGAGAACAUGAAAAUAAGAAAAGCAAAUUCUUGACAAAGAUGAUAACACCUUGAGGAAGUUUUGUGGAUCAGAGGAUAGUGACGAGGAUGACUUGGAGCUCUCAGUUCCCAGUAACUCCAGCUCGGAGUGAUGUCGUUCAAGGAGCACCUCUUUCAUUUUAGCUUGUUUUGUUUAGUUGCAUUGAGGAUAGUACAACAGUUUAGGUUGGGGUGACUCUUUUACAUGUGAUGAUGUAGAACAUGAUUAUUUUUUGUGAUAACUUGUGUAGAUUAGUUGACAAACAUAGUUUUUUAGUAAUAGUUUGUAGUGUAAUUCUAGCAUGUUAGCUUUAGCAUUUUCUUAUAAGUUUUUAUUUUAUUUUCAUAAUAG